AUGGCGUGGUCAUCUGGCCUAUUCGGCCCCUGUGUGGCCCUCAUCCUGCUCUUUUUUGGUUUGGCCUCCUGUACUCCAUCUGGCCCGGCCUCCGCCACCUGCGCCACCCUGGAGCAGAGCCGCUUCUUCGGUGUGUUCACCUCCCCUGCCGCCCUGCCCUCCACGCCGUGCUCCUGGACCCUGCAGAACCCCGACCCACGCCGCUACACCGUCUACAUGAAAAUCACCAAGCCCACUGACACCUGCAUACCUCGCCAGAUCAGGACCUUCCAGUUCGACUCCUUCAUCGAGACCUCCCACACCUACCUGGGCAUGGAGAGCUUUGAUGAGGUGGUCCGCUUGUGCGACGCUUCAACCACCAUCACCUACCUGGAGUCAAGCAAGCAGUUCCUGCAGAUCCGCAAGGUGGCCCCGAUGAACGGCCUGGAGGUCGUGGAGCAGCAGACCGACGUCAGUACGUUCAAGGCCGAGUUUCUAGUCGUGGGGAAGAGGAACCCAAGCAUGCCCGCCUGCCAGAUGUUAUGCCAGUGGCUGGAGAAGUGCCUUUCCAGCAGCACCCAUGCCAACCCAUGUGGAAUCAUGAACACCCCCUGCCAGUGCUGGGAGAUCCCACAGAGGAAGCCAGGCAGCUGCUACAGAGGUGGUGUCUACGUUGAGAAAUGCCUCCCCAUCCCCAGAGACAACGGACGUGAUGCUGAGCUCAUCAAGGGAUGGAGCGGGUGGGGCCGUUGGUCAGAAUGCAGCCAGGAGUGUGGCGGUGGAGUCCAGGUGCACAGCCGAGCAUGUCAGCCAGAGGAUGGCAUAUGUGAGGGCGUCGUUGAGGAAGGGCGGGCCUGCAACCUUCAGCCCUGCAUUGGAAAAGUGCGCACCAGGAGUCAAGCCCUGCGUUCCAUCAUUGGCCUGAAGAGAGACAACACUGAUGAUACCAACACUGGAGCUGUUGCCACACAAACAGUGGAUGCCGUAACAGAUGAGUGGUCUUCCUGGAGCGUGUGCACAGUCACCUGUGGCAGUGGCUGGCAGAGCCGCACCCGUCUCUGUGUCACCUCCUCCUACACCACCCAGUGUACUGGACCCCUCCGGGAGAACCGCCCCUGCAACAACACAGCUGUCUGCCCCGUUGAUGGUGCUUGGGAUGAGUGGGCCCCCUGGAGCCUGUGUUCCUCCACCUGUGGUCGUGGCUACCGUGACCGCUCCCGCACCUGCAAGCAGCCCCAGCACGGAGGAGAGCCCUGCCAAGGUCCUGCCAAACAAACCAAGUUCUGCAACAUUGCCGUCUGCCCAGUGGAUGGAUUUUGGAACGAGUGGUCUGCUUGGAGUGAAUGCUCUACCACCUGCUCCAACGGCACCAAGCAGAGGACCCGGGAGUGCAACGGACCAUCCUAUGGCGGCUCUGAGUGCUUUGGCAGCUGGAAGGAGACGGCCAACUGCUUCCUAAAAGAGUGCCCUGUUGAUGGACGCUGGCAGCCAUGGAGCUCCUGGGGUAGCUGCAGUAAGACUUGUGGAGGAGGCUCCCAGCAGAGACAGAGGUUUUGUGAAGGGCCCUCAUUUGGUGGACUGCCUUGUCCCGGAGAGAAAGAAGAGCAGAGGCAUUGCAAUGAGAGGAGAUGUCCAGAGCCACAUGAGAUCUGUACCGAGGAGAACCAUGGAGAUGUUGUAUGGAAGAGAACCCCUGCCGGAGAUUCAGCUGCAGUCACCUGCCCCUCUGAUGCCUCAGGCUUGAUCCUGCGCCGGUGCACCCUCGAUGCUGUGGGUCUCGCCUUCUGGGAGAGCCCAACUCACAUCAAGUGUGUCUCCAAGAACUAUGAGACAAUUCAGAUGCUGAGUCGAGACUACGUUUCCAAGGCGCAGUCAAGGCAAGGGGUGGACGGGAUCUCUGAGGUCAUUUCACGCCUGAGGUUUUCUUCAGAUGAGGGGACCAAGUACAGUGGGGACCUCCUGGCCAUCAUUGAAAUCCUCAAGAACACCACUGUUCUUUACAAGGAGACCAGCCAGAGACUCAGCAACGCUGAUGUAGAGAACUCAGUCCAGACCAUCAGCAACUUACUGAAGGAGGAACAUCGUGACAAGUGGGAGGAGGCACAGCUGAUGGGCGCCAACGUCAAGGAGUUCUUGCGCCUCGUCGAAGACUUCGUGAACAUGAUCGGUAUGCAGAUGAGCGGCUUUCAGGACAUUUACGAAGUCACCGAAAAUUUAGUGCUGAGCAUCCAUAAGCGCCCCGCUAGUAUGACCUCCAACUUCACCUUCCCUGUGAAGGGCUGGAGGGGCAUGUUGGACUGGGUCAGGACCUCAGAGGAGAAGAUCACUGUGUCCCGCAAUGCUCUGUCCGUUGACCAGUCUGAGAGCACCACUGCAUUUGUGGCUGGCAUCGUUCUCUACAGGAACCUGGGGUCCAUCCUGUCCUUCCACAGCAACAGCACACUCCUCAACUCCAAGGUGGUGACAGUGACCGUCAAGCCCAAUCCGACUCUUCUGUCCUCUCCCGUUGAGAUUGAGUUCCCCCACCUCCACAAUGGUACCAUCAACGAGACCUGCAUCUCCUGGGAUGAGAGUGAAACGUCUUCUCUGCUCGGAUCUUGGGCUGCUCGGAGCUGCAGGACUCUCUCCGUCGAUUCAUUCAGAACCAAAUGCGUGUGUGACAGCCUCUCCACCUUCGCCAUUUUAGCGCGGAUCAACCCCGAUUCGAUCAUGGACAAGGCACUGCUUCCAUCCGUGACUCUCAUUGUUGGCUGUGGGGUCUCCUCGCUCACCCUGCUACUCCUCAUCAUCAUCUACGUCUCUGUGUGGAAGUACAUUCGCUCCGAGCGCUCCGUCAUCCUAAUCAACUUCUGCCUCUCCAUUAUAUGCUCGAAUGCCCUCAUUCUCGUUGGACAGACUCAAGCUCGCAACAAGGUGGUGUGCACUCUUGUAGCUGCCUUCCUCCACUUCUUCUUCCUCUCCUCUUUCUGCUGGGUGCUGACGGAAGCUUGGCAGUCCUACAUGGCUGUCACAGGCCGUCUUCGCAACCGUAUCAUCCGCAAGCGCUUCCUGUGCUUGGGCUGGGGGCUUCCAGCGUUGGUGGUGGCUGUUUCUGUGGGUUUCACCAAGGCUAAGGGAUAUGGCACCGUUAACUACUGUUGGCUUUCUCUCGAGGGCGGCCUCCUCUACUCCUUUGUUGGUCCCGCUGCGGCCGUUGUUCUGGUGAACAUGGUCAUUGGUAUUCUGGUCUUCAACAAGCUGGUAUCCAAGGACGGCAUCACUGACGUGAAACUGAAGGAGAGAGCCGGGGCGUCGCUGUGGAGCUCAUGCGUGGUUCUGCCCCUGCUUGCCCUCACCUGGAUGUCUGCUGUCCUGGCCAUCACGGACCGCCGCUCUGCCCUCUUCCAGAUCCUUUUCGCUGUUUUCGAUUCCCUGGAAGGGUUCAUCAUUGUCAUGGUCCACUGCAUUUUGCGCAGAGAGGUUCAAGAGGCUGUUAAAUGCAGAGUUGUUGAUCGUAAGGAUGACGGCAAUGGAGAUUCUGGCAGCUCUCUUCAUAAUGGCAACACCCAGCAUAAACAGUCUGAUUUUGAAAAGGAUGGUGAUUCCAGCAGACAAGGUAUGAAGAGUUCAUCUGAAGAGAAAAUGCCCCCACCCCAGCUGCCCCUCCCCAUGGGAUCCAACUUCCACACUCUCCCAUCCAACCCCAGCAAGAGUCACAUGCAGGCCGUUCCCGAGUAUUCAAGCCACACCCUCACCCUGAAGAGAGAGAAGAGUCGGCUGGCGGGGGGAGUCGACCCAUCCUGCGGGAAACCCGUGUACGUCUGCGAUGGAGAGAUCUUCAAGCAGCUGGAUGCCAACCUCGUUCGCAGUCAGGCCGAGGGCAGCAUGUCCGAUGGCAGCGGUUAUGUCCUCAUGCCAAACACCACCUCUACUUUGAGGUCCAAGCCCAAGGAUGAGCCAGCAAAGUACAAUAUCAGUAUGGAGAUGCCACAGACCAGGCUGGUGCACCUUAGCGGGCCUUUUGCCGAACCCCAGGCAGCCUUUGCGGUCAAGUCACUUCCAGCUGAUCAGGUCAGCGUGUCCUAUUCAGAACGAGACUCACCCGUCCAGAAUAUCCACAACAUGUCCAGCGAGUCCCACAUCACCCACAGCAGCCUGGAGAACACCUUUGAGUCCAUGAACUCCAUGAUGUCCAAGAGCGAGACCAUUUCUACGCUGUCCAUGAGCUCUCUGGAGAGACAGAAGUCCCGUUACGCUGAGUUAGAUUUUGAGAAAAUCAUGCACACAAAGAAGCGCCACCAGAACAUGUUCCAGGACCUGAACAGGAAGUUACAUCUUGCUGAGAAAGACAGAGAAUCCCCUGCUUCUGACUGCAAGUCUGUGAGAUGGAGUGUGUCUUCAGGAGGAAGUGACAAAACGAACCACAGCGACAAACAGCAGCCCAACAUAGAGAGGCCGUGGGAUGGAGUCCGGGGAAUGCAGCAGUCCCCCCCGGCGUGGGUGCGGAAAGACCUGGAGCCCCUGGCCGCCUCCCCACUGGAGCUGCACUCGGUGGAGUGGGAGAAGGCCGGCACCCCGAUCCCACUGGUGGGGCAGGACAUCAUCGACCUGCAAACAGAGGUCUGA